GCGGACGCUUCGUGCCCUCCGUCGUCACCUACGCGUGCCGGCUGAACCUGUACAGCACCUUCCAAGAUUUGGUGCGCCUGGGCCUGGAGGCGCUUUUCUUCGUCCUGCUUCUGCUCUACCUCGCGGAGGAGGUGAUUGCUGUGAACCGCGCGCUCAAAGGUGGCCGGUUGAAGCAACACAUGCUGUCGCUCUGGCACAUCAUGGAG